UUGUCGUUUGUGCUCUCUUUUCAAACACUUUAUACAUUUCUUAAGUUUUUAUUUAUUAUUUUAUUAUAUAUUUAAAGUUUUUAUUUUAUUUAUACACUUUUUAAUACAGUAUUAGUAUAUACUUUACUUAAUAUGAAAAUGUAUUUCAUUAUACUUUCAUCGUUUGUCAUCUCUCUGGUGUACGGAUCUCAGGACAUGUGCUCUGCAAUUGGUUCAGCCAUAGCUAAUCCCGUAGAGAUUGGUGAUAUCAUAAGCGGUGCAACCGAUAAACUGGUGGCAAUACCAAUAUCUGUCGGUACCGACGCUUUUUCAAAGUUUGCAGAAGCAGCCGAGUCUGGUCGUCAAAUCUGGGACUUCAACGUUCAAAACGGAGGACAGGUCUUAAAGAAUGGUAUUAUUAAAGUGGGACACAUAUUAUUGAAACCAAUGGCCGUUGUUUUUGGAGCACAUACAGCAUUGAAGGGCGCCGGUAUUGGUAUUGCCGGCUCUGGUAUUAAAGGAGUUGGUAUAGGAAUGAAAACAGUCGGCGCAAAACUGGUGGCUUCGGGUACUUUAGCCAAAGCAUUGGGCCAUCGAUUAAUUGUCAAGAAUUUAGUUCCGCCUUUUGUUAAAUAAUAAAUUUAUUAUAAAACGAUAUACACUAUAAAUACAAGUUAUGUAUAAAACGUUUUCUUAGUCUAAAAAAAGUUUGUUCAUUUAUACUUCAUUUAUAAAUACAUUCAAUACAUUAUCAAUAAAUUCAUUACAUAUUAUAAAA